AUGCCAGUAAACCACCAGAAAUCGGACUCUUCAGAGAUGGACUCUGACCUGUCACCCAGCUGCCAGCUCAGUGACCUGAGCAGAGGGGGCAGCUUGGAAAGUCGCAGUAGCAGUUCUCGCUCCAGAAGUCUCACUCUGGACGACGAGAGCCUGAAGUACCUCACACAUGAGGAAAAGGAUGUCAUCCUGUUUUUUGAAGAGACUAUUGAUUCCCUGGAGGAUGACUUUGAGGAGCAAGUCCUGUGUGACAGUGGGGUACACUGCCAGCCCCCAAAGUCUCUGGAAGGGAGCACUCCCGGCCUCUUGGAACCAGAGGAUGUCAUUGACUUAGUGCAGCCAGUAUUCGCAGCUGGGGAACCUGAGCGCCUCCCGGAUGUGACUGAAACAGCAGGGGCUGGACCUGCUGGGAAGGAAGACAUUGCUGUCCUGGAAGGCGGGGCCCAGGACGUGGAGGCUUCUCCCCCACCAGGGUGCACAAGCCCAGAGGCCCUUCCUCAGCCGCCCUCCCUGCCUGUGCCCGCAGCGCCAGCCCACCCCAGGAAGGAGCAGCUCUCCUCCUCUCCGCCAGCGGAGCACCCGAAACUGCCCCGUUCCGUCCCUACUCCCCUUGUCAUCGCCCAGAAAAUCUCUGAGAAGUUGGCGGGAAAUGAAGCACUUUCACCCACCUCCCCGUCCAAGGAGGGCAGGCCUGGAGAAUGGAGGACACUGACCUCCACGGCCCCUCGAAACGGAGACCACUUGUUGUGGCACAGACACUCGGCACAGCCCGCACCCAAGAUCCACCGCUUCCCCAGCAACAUCAGUGUGACCAACAGCGCCGGGAAGGAGUUCAACAAGACCAUCUCCAAGGCCGCGGUCAACGUGCAGGAGCGGAAAGCCCGGGUCCUGGCCAACAUUAACGGAGUCUCUUUCUUCUCCAUGGGAGAGUCGGAAGAUCGGGCCCAAAAGGGCCAUCUCCCUGAGCAGAAGAGGGAGCACACGUCCCUUGCCUCUCCAGAGCAGGGGACGUGUGGCCAGAGCAAGCAAGGCCCCGUCCAGGAAGCUGUGUCCACACAGGCAGGAGCACAGACCAGCAGUCAGUCCAGAGGCGUGCAGACAGAGCAGACCCCACCACUGGUGAAUGGCUUCCAGAACAUCCACGAUGUCCUGAAGAGUGAGCCCGGUGCCUUUUUCUCUACUGGGAAAACUAUCACUAUCCGCCCGGAUAAACUUGCACGGCAGAACGCCAGCAAGAGCUUGUAUGAGCACCGGCAGCCGGACUGCGGUCAGGAUGCUAGGAAGCGGUCAGGUUCACUGCCCAGGGCCGUGGGGUUUAGACCCCAAGGCAUCACUGUCCAGUUUGCUGGUCGGGGCUCCACUGAGGAAGCUCGCCGGGAGGCCCUGCGGAAGCUUGGCCUGCUGAAAGAGAACUUGUGA